AUGACUUCAUACGACGGCCACUGCAACUGUGGGGGCAUUGAGGUUUCCUUACCCCAGGCACCGUCAACGGUUAUAGCUUGCCACUGCUUGAAUUGCCGCCGCACCGGAGGCCCUUAUUCAAUCAACUACAUCGUUGAAGAAUCCGAUGCAUCGAUUAAGGAGAUCACGAGUGUCCUAACCUUAUACUCGGACAAGAACACCUUUUCGGGAAAUGAGAUAGUACGCCAGUUCUGCAAUAAUUGCGGAAGCUCUGUUUUGACACGUAGCCCGGCUUUCCCGGGAAAACUGAUUGUGAAGGCAUCGUUAUUUGAUCAUAUACCCUCCGAAAAGAAAGAGCUUUUCGCCGAAGAAAGGGCCAUACAUUGGGGUUAG